AUGGAGAUUGAAGUAGAGUUUCAAGAAGAUCUGGAUAACUCAAACGAAUCUUUAAAUCAAAUUAAAGGAAAGCAUUCGCAACCUAUUGAAUUACUAAAAGUAAAUACUAGUCCUAGUAUGUUGAUUAAUCAUGAAAGUAGCUUGCAGACAACCCCGUUACUUUCAAAAGAAGAUUGUGAACAUUACAUUAUAAACUGUGGUGUGGAGGUUACAGCUUUAGCAAAAAGUAGAAAUUCUAUUGAAAACCAACCAAUUUAUAUGCUGUCUCAAGAAUAUAUUUCUAAUGGUACUUUUGAUUGCGCUAACGAAGUUGUGCCGAAUCCCAUAAUUAUUCACGCUACAGCAGAUCAAGAGUGUACGCAGGAAUUUUCUGCACAUCUUCCGUUAGACCAAGAUUCCUUUUCAAUAUUAGACCCCAAAUUCCAGGAAUGUAUCGUAUUAUAUAACCCGGGAGAUGGUCAAGUCGUUUUUCCAUUAAAUUUACCUGUUAUAAAUACAGAGUCUGAAACCUUUUUUGAAGGUUCUAUCAUAGUGCAAAAUGUUUCUACAAUUCCUAUUCAGAAUAAUAAUUCUAUAAUAUUGACUUCCACCGGCAAUGAAAUUCAUAAAGUUGCAAGAGCAUAUGAUAAUAAACAUUUAGAUAUGAGAAUAUCUUCGAUAAUUUCCUGUGAUGAAUCUCUUUUAGAGGUCUGGCGAAGUUUUAUUAAAAAUGAGAGAAGACCAUUUGAUUAUACGGACUUAGAAGAACAAUUAACUUCCAUUGGCUCUUAUGAAUAUCAACACAAAUGUAUCGAACAUAGGAAAACGGCCAAGUCUGUUGCUGAUGAUCAAACACAGAACGCUUGUAGUAGUAAUUUUGAUCUGGCAGAUGUAGACAGUUUGUUUGACAAUGAAAGUGAUGGUGAACCAGCAAGUAAAAAGGUGAAAUUCGAUUCUAACAAAGUGGAUGUGAUAUUGAAUAGACUUGAGCAAGAUACUAUAUUAUUGUGCGGUAUCAAAGAAAAUAUUUUCACAGAUGAACAUAAGAGAAGGAUCAGAUUGUUGAAUGAUAAGUUAACACAUGUCAUUACUUGA